AUGGCGAUGACACAUGUUGCUAGUUGGCGCAAGUUGCCGGUCAGCCUGGCAGAGCUCUGCAUAGACACGACGUUGCGGUGCGGCCAGUCGUUUAGGUGGCGGAAACUCAACGAUGAAUGGACCUGCACCUUACAUGGGAGGAUAUUAUCUCUGAAGCAAGAUGCAACACACCUGCACUACAAAGCGACAUGGCCGGCACAUCAGGCAGAGGCUCCAUCAUUCAAGGACGACACGGAAGAUCUACUUCGCCACUACUUCAGCUUGAACAUAGAUCUUGCUUCGCUGUAUCAACAAUGGUCUAAAGAUGACCCCAACUUUCGAAAAAAGGCACCGCAGUUUACAGGAGUCCGCAUCCUGAACCAGGAUGCAUGGGAGGCCCUGAUAUGCUUCAUAUGCAGCAGCAACAACAAUAUAUCCCGAAUAUCUCAGAUGGCGCACAAACUCUGCAAAUACUAUGGCCCAUUAAUAGGCCACAUUGAUGGAGAAGCCAUGCACGACUUCCCAACCCCAGAGGCGCUCACAGACAAGACAGUCGAGACUCGGCUAAGAGAGCUCGGCUUUGGGUAUCGUGCCAAGUACAUUGCAGAAACGGCGCGCAUCAUUGCACAGGACAAACCUCCAGCAUGGCUAGACUCUCUGCGAAACCCGGAUUUCCCUGCCUUCAAUGCUGUGGCGGUAUCAGACGGAUCGCAAUCCACCUACAAAGAUGCCCAGACUGCAUUACUUUCGCUGACCGGCGUGGGCCCAAAGGUGGCCGACUGCGUGUGCUUGAUGGGCCUGGGAUGGGGAGAGUCAGUGCCAGUUGAUACGCAUGUCCUACAGAUUGCCCAGCGGGACUACCGCUUCGGCAAAAAGGGCCCCAAGACAAUCAACAAGGCCAUGUAUGAUGCCAUUGGCGAUCAUUUCAGAAGCAUAUGGGGCAAAUAUGCGGGCUGGGCUCAUUCAGUCUUGUUCACAGCCGACUUGCGCGAGUUUUCAGGGCGUAUCAAGGUGGAAAAGGUCGAGAAGGUCGAGGAGGUCGAAGAACUUCCGAAAGGAGAAGAUAUGUCGCCCACAAAAGAGAAGCCUUCGAGGAAAAGGAAAACAACUGUCAAGGUGGAGGAGAUACGUGUGAAAGAGGAGGAUACCAAAGACGGAGUCAUCUUAGAAAUAGAGACGGCAGUCAAGAGGAGACGCACAAGAUCUCGGCCAUAA